AUGCCUCAGUGCAUUAUUGUACAACAACAGCCGCGAUAUCCGGGCUGGAAUCAUCCACCUACCAGUCGUAGUGGAUCACCCUAUUAUGGUAGAGGACCAUCACCGUCUCCACAUCGUACCUGCCCAUGUUGCUGUUGUUGUACUUGGGUGAUAAGAAGGCCAUAUUUGCGACGGGAAGGAAGAUGCAUAUGUAAAUACUGGUGA